GUUGAAACUUUGGAAGGAGGGGAAGACGAAGCCUGGGCGGCCAGCCAUGGUGGCGCAACGUUGCCUGCGGCCUGCCCCGGUGUUUGACGAGCCGGCGCUGCGGCGAGCCUUUGAGGCAGCCGGCGUCAAGGAGGUGCACCUCGGCGCGGUGUGGCAGCAUGUCAUCAGCAGUGCCGGUGCGGGCAGGCCGGAGGACGCGCCCGGGCUGCCGGGCAGUGCGAGGGAGGUCCUGCAGCGCCACUUUGCGGCGGUGACGAGUAGCGUGCAGGAGGUCAAGACGUCAGCUGAUGGCAGCACCAGCAAGCUGCUGAUCAGGCUGCAGGAUGGCCUGCAGGUGGAGGCGGUCAUCAUGCGCUACGACGCCUCUGCUGGGCGCUAUGCUGGGGGCCCACGCCCGGGGGGCCCUCGCGCCACGCUGUGUGUGUCCAGCCAGGUCGGCUGCAAGAUGGGGUGCACUUUCUGCGCCACCGGCACAAUGGGCCUCCUCGGCGACCUAGCGGCAGGAGAGAUUGUGGAGCAGCUGUUCCACGCCUCCCAGAUUUGCCCCAUUCGCAACGUCGUCUUCAUGGGCAUGGGGGAGCCCCUCAACAACUACUCUGCUGUUGUGGCGGCGGUGCGCACCCUGACCGCCCCGCGCGCCUUUGGCCUGUCCCCCUCCCACGUCACUGUCAGCACGGUGGGCGUCAUCCCGCGCAUGCUGACCCUCCCCGCCGACCUCCCUGGGGUGCGCCUCGCCCUCUCGCUGCACGCCCCCACCCAGGCCCUUCGCGCCACCCUCGUCCCUGCCGCGCGCGCGUAUCCCCUCGACCGCCUCAUGGCCGCCCUUGAUGCCUACCAAGCAGCCAGCGGGGGCGGCGUGCUGGUGGAGUACGUCAUGCUGGACGGCGUCAACGACAGGGAGGAGGACGCGGCCGCGUUGGGCGCGCUGCUGCGUGGGCGUGACGUGUUUGUGAAUCUCAUUCCGUACAAUCCAGCUGCCGCGGCUGACACGUACCGGCCGAGCAGCGCGCUCUCGCUGGGGUACUUCCAGCAUGUGCUGCGGGACGGGCACGGCCUGCACGCAACAGUGCGGCAGGAGAUGGGGCAAGAUAUUGCGGGGGCGUGCGGGCAGCUGGCCGCGCAGGCCGCAGGGCCGCAACGGACGCCAGACAUUGAAGAUAUCGCAUCCCCGUAAAUGCAAUCACAUGCAUGGGCGGGCCUGCACACAGUGUGCCCAUGGUGCUUGAUGCCGCAUGCACGUGAAGAUACUCAAUGUUCAGUGGCUCCGGGACCUGCCAUUGCAGCCAGUUAACCGUCAUGGUAUGAUUGUGUAGCACAGCGGGCAGCCAAGCCUGCCGGUUCAUGCAGUGUUUGCAUCGACCCUUGACUGAGUUGUCCGGACUGCUAGCUGCUUUGUUGCAGCAUACCCGCCACGUUCCACGCAUGAUGGAGCACGUGUACAUGGCAAUUGCCGGAACAAAGAGCUGACGAUUGAGUCCAUUAUCUAGAGUCUAGACUCAUUCCGAGAGACUCCAAACCGUGUGAUGUAUCCGCAGC